UGAUUGUACUUUUAAAUUGAUGGAAUCAGGAGUUUUUGAGUACUUGGAUGAACUAACAUUUCUAGAUAAAAGACCAAAAUUUAACAAAACAGCAAAUAAUUCUGAUGAUAACCCUGACUUUUAAUCAUUAUACUACAUCUUAUCAUCUUAUUGCUUGUAUCCUUAAUCCUUAUGAGCAUAGGACAUGAAAGUGGACCUGCUUUAAUAAAAGUAUCAAGAUUCGUAAGUAGACAUCAAGGAUUGAUAUUAAAAAUAUUGACAGAUAUUUCUCCAGUCAAUUUAUUAGUUUCACCAAAUGUAGAAGUUAAAGAUAACGUUAUAUUAAGUAUUGGAAUUGUUCACAAAAUGUUUCGUAUAUUUUACUUCUUGGGUGUUAAGCUAGAAGUUAUUGAUAAAGUACUAACUGUGAGCACAAAAGGUAUUCAAGAUUUUAGACUGAUUUUUACAGCGAUCCUUAAAUAUGUCAAAAGGCCUGAUAAUGAUUAUUGUGGUGAUUUUAAGAAACCCAAACUUUCAAUAUGCAUAAAUUAUGUUCAUACUUCUAUAGAUAUUUUAAAUCAUCAUAUGCAAAAUUUUAGGAGAAUAUCUAUCAAACUUGAAAAAGGUGAUAACAUUGAAGAGAUUCUAUCUGGGCUUCGAAUCUCUACAACAUUGCUUGGAAAUACUGAUAAAACAGCUUUACAAAAAGACACAAAAUUAGUCUUGACAGAUAUAUUAGAAAAAUUAGUAUCUUUUGAGAAGAAUACUGCCAUAAAAUAUAAAAUGCUAAAUGAAUAUAUUCAAAUGAUACUUCACAAGAUAAAAGUACUUAUUGCUUGAUCUUACUAAUAAGUAACGUAAUACUGUAUUACUAA